AUGAACUUCAGAUUCCAGAACCUUCUCGGAGCUCCUUACAGAGGAGGCAACGCCGUCAUCUCCAACAACACCCUUCUACUAUCACCUGUCGGUAACAGAAUCUCCGUCACCGACCUCCGUAAAUCCGAAACAACAACGCUCCCCAUUCAAGCCUCUUCCAAUAUCUCCCGCAUAGUUGUCUCCCCUGACGGCACCUUCCUCCUCGCUAUUGACGAUAACAACCGUUGCUUAUUUAUCAAUCUCCGCCACCGCGCCUUACUCCACCGUAUCACCUUCAAACACCGUGUUGGUGCUGUUAAAUUUUCCCCUGACGGAGGACUCAUUGUUGUUGUUGCUGGGAAACUUGUUCAGAUCUGGAGAUCCCCUGCUUUUCGCAAGGAGUAUUUUCCUUUUGAGUUGGUUAAGACUUUUGCUGAUUUCCAUGCUAAAAUCACUGCUUUUGAUUGGAGUCCUGAUUCCAAAUACUUGCUUGUAGCGUCAAAGGACCUCACUGCGAGAAUCUUGUGUUUGAAGAAGCUUAGUGGUGGUGAUAAGUAUAAACCUUUUUUGUUUUUAGGUCAUAGGGAUUCAGUUGUAGGUUCCUUUUUCGGUAUUGAUACUAAAACCAAUAAGGUUUCUAAGGUUUAUACAGUUGCUAGAGAUUGCUAUUUGUUAAGCUGGAGUUUUACUGGCGACCAGGAUGAAGAAUCCUCAGCGCCUCCAUCGCCAGGGACACCAGAUGGGGAAUUGAAAGUUGGAGAUGAUGAUGUUGUGCAGAAGAGGAAGGAACGUGAAACUGAGGAUGGGGGUGGGCACUUAUGUAGAGGUAAAUGGGAAUUGUUGAGGAAGGAUUGUUUUAAUCAGGCACCAGCGAAGGUUUCGGCUUGCCAUUAUCAUAGAGGGUUAGACAUGGUGGUUGUUGGAUUUUCAAACGAUGUGUUUGGGUUGUAUCAGAUGCCGGAUUUUGUGUGCAUUCAUAUGAUGUCCGUAUCAAAAAAGAAUAUCACCACUGCUUUGUUUAAUGACCUUGGAAAUUGGUUGUCCUUUGGUUGUGCCAAACUGGGUCAGCUUCUUGUGUGGGAGUGGCGGUCUGAGAGUUAUAUUUUGAAGCAGCAGGGAUUACUUUGA